UCCCUCCCUGCACUCCUACACUGGGUCCCUGCAGCGAGCAGGAAAGGAAACUUGCAGUAGUUUCGUUUCGUGCUCGACCGGUGAGGGCAGGGUAUUUAAAGACAAGGGAAGAUACAAACACAACACCACUGUACAGCGAGAAAGGAUCUCGGUCCUGACACAGCGUAGCAUAUUCACUGUUCCACUGUAACACACAGCAACAGGGCGAACCACGGACAACCCUGGUGAGUGAAUAUUUCAACGGUUUGGAUUCUAACAUUGCGCUGAAGAUGGAAGCUUUGGUCUGUUCUGUAUUAACUGCCUGCAUCGUAUACACAGACUGCCUGCCCCCUCUUGGAUUUCGUCAAUGUUCCAGAACGUUCAUACACGUCUUUUAUUACUAGUCACGGUGUGAAAGUGCAAAGUCUUUAUAAAAGCUCAGUUAAAAUGAAUCUGUACAAAUACCAGGAAGAGGUGAUCCAGCCUGCUUUGGAAGGCAGGAACAUCAUUAUCUGGCUCCCUACUGGCGGGGGAAAGACCAGGGCCGCUGUGUAUGUGGCAAAGAAACAUCUGGAAAGAAGACGUGCGGCCAAGGUAGCUGUGCUGGUAAAUAAGAUUCACCUAGUGGACCAGCACUACAACAAGGAGUUCAAGCCCUUUCUGAACGGCUCCCACAGCAUUGCCCACAUCAGCGGGGACAGCGACCAGAAGGAGUUCUUUGCUAAGGUCGUGCGUGACAAUGACGUCAUCAUCUGCACAGCGCAGAUCUUGGAGAACGCCCUGAAAAACACAGAGGAGGAGAAGCACGUGGAACUCACAGACUUCAGCCUCCUGAUAAUCGACGAGUGCCACCACACCCACAAGGACGCCGUGUACAACAAGAUCAUGGAGCGCUAUGUGGAGAAGAAGCUGCUUCGAGAGGAAGGGCUACCACAAGUGCUGGGCCUGACUGCAUCUCCAGGGACCGGAGGGGCCAGGAACCUGGAAGCAGCCAAGGACCAUGUGCUGCAGAUCUGUGCCAACCUUGAUGCCAGCGAAAUCACGUCUGCCAAAGUACACUUAGCUGAGCUGCAAGAGAAUGUGCCUAAACCCAGGAAGCAGUAUGAUGUUGUUCACGAGAGACUGCGGGACCCCUUUGGAGACAAAGUAAAGGAGCUCAUGGGGCUGAUCCACGACUACAUGGACUCGCCUGAUGUCACCACACGCUUCGGCUGUCAGGAAUUCGAGCAGGAAGUAGUGGAGCUGGAAAAAUUAGGUGCUGACAAGGGGAACCGACGGCUGCGUCAGUGCGCCCUGCACCUCCGCCAGUACAACGACGCGCUGCUGGUCAACGACACGGUGCGCAUGAUCGACGCCUUCAACGUCCUGGACACUUUCAACACCAACGAGAGAGCGACGCGGGGAGGCCUGGAUGACACUGACCGCUUCCUCUUCAGAGUCUUUCAGGAAAACAGAUUGGAGUUGCAGCGGCUGGCAAACACCACAGAGUUUGAGAACCCCAAGCUGGCGAAGCUGGAAGACAUCCUACUGGAUCAGUUCCAGAACUCCCAAAAGUCCCGCGGGAUCCUGUUCACCAAGACCCGCACGAGCACCCACUGCCUGAACGACUGGAUCAGAACCAAUGUAAAGCUGAGAAAGGCCGGGAUCAAACCAUCCUCCUUGACUGGGGCGGGCUUCAGCAACCAGGCCGGCCACAUGACCCAGAGGCAGCAGCAGGAGACCAUUCAGAAGUUCAGGGAAGGAGAGCUGAACCUCCUGAUUUCCACGAGCGUUGCAGAGGAAGGGCUGGACAUCCCACAGUGCAAUCUGGUGGUGCGCUAUGGCCUGCUCACCAACGACAUCGCCACCAAGCAGGCGCAAGGCAGGGCGCGUGCUGUAGACAGCGUGUACUCGGUGGUAGCGCAGAGCGGCGGGAGGGAGCUGAGGCGUGAGUACACGAAUGAGUAUCUGGAGGAGCUCACUGAGAAAGCCAUCGAUGAGGUGCAGCGCAUGGCAAAGAGGGACUACCAGCUGAAGAUCCGAGACCUGCAGAAGGAAGCCGUCAUCACCCGGAGGCUGUCCCAGGAGAAGGCGGAGGAGAAGAGGAACACCCACGACCCCUCGGGCGUGAUUUUGCACUGCAGGCGCUGCAACAACGCUGUGUGCCACGGGAGUGACCUGCAAGUUAUCGAGGGCACUCACCAUGUCAACAUCAACCCCUUCUUUGAGGUUUACUACAAAUUAGGUGGAAAAGUUUGCCUUGGAAAGAAAUUUGAGGACUGGGAACCUGGGCACACAAUAAGCUGCAAAGACUGUGGUCAGGAAUGGGGGAUGGAGAUGAUCUACAAGGCCGUGACCAUGCCCAUGCUCGCCAUUAAAAACUUUGUGAUCGCAACACCCAAGGGCAGAUACUCCUGCAAGCAAUGGAAAGGAGUCACCUUCCGAAUCGAUGAAUUCGACUACAUUGCUUACUGCGAGAGGAAGUUUGAAGAUCUAUUGCCGCACCUUGACUGAGAGCAAGACACAUGGUUAACUGGGUAGUCACGCCACCCCCCUUCACAGCAGCGCACACAGAUCCACUGCACUGUUGCUCACAUAGUUAGUUUUUAAGUCCCAGUAGAUGGGAACAAAUGAUCAGAUUUUCUUAAACAGUUUUGUCACAUGAAGACAGGCAGUCAAAGACUAGCUGGGCAAACAUCAUAGAACUUUGGCAUUGGAGCCAUAAUUCUGAGGUUAUUCACAAAUGAGGCUAAUACCACUUCUUCUUGUAUGCAAUACUACUGCAAAUGUGGUGGGAAAACAGACUGCAGAUAAUUGGUCGUAAGAUGAGCAAACAUUUUCCACUUCUCUACGCUUGCCAUGUUGACAUUCUGACAAACAAUACCCCAGAUCACCUUGCCUUGAAUUUGCACUUUCUAAUCUGGUUUCAUGGUCAUGGUUAACCCUAGAAGGGCCAGUGACAAACAAGCUCUCCUAAUAUGUUUGGUUUUUGGGUAUAUCCGUAAGCUGUUUGUUUUUAAAACAGUUUUUUCUUUUGAGAUUUUUUUUUUUGGGGGGGGGAUUAGGGUUUUUAUUGUUUAUUUUUGUCCUCAAAAUGAAAUUGCUUAAUGAUAUUUUAAAAACAGCAUCCAAAUCCAUUCCUUACGCAGCUUUAUUAAUAUUACUGAACGUCCCUUUUAUUGUGCGUUUUGUUUUUUUAAUGUUAUUUCCGGAUGUAGAAAAAUACUGUCCAGGGGUGGAAAUAAGACUGCCGUUUGCAUAGCAGUUCAAUCUAGUCCUGGUUUAACUAGCAGCUUAUUAAGACUCACCUGCGCUUGUUACCUGUACACCUUGUGUAAUUAAGCUUGCAGUAAAACCUGGCCUGGGUGAAAAUGCUAUGCAAUAAGAAUCCUAGUGCCAUCCCUGCUGGAAACCAGUGCAUCCUGUAGGGCUCAUGGUUUGAUACCAGCUAGACCUCUGGAACAAGGGUAAGAUAAAGAAAGCCUUUGUGGAAUAUUCAGUAGAUGAAGGAGAGUUUUUGAAAUCUGAUGAUGCUGGCAAGCAAAUCAAAAUCUGUCUAUGGCUGUUGAAGUCUAUUGUGUGUGCGUAUGAGUUAUGAAAAUAUACUGGGUUUUUUUUUUUGUUUUGUUUUUUUACAGAUACCCCUUUUUAAAAAAAGCAUUGGUGAUGUUGAUUUUAUAAUAAGUCGUGGCUGUUUUUAAUAUGCGUCAAAACUGCAUGAAUGCUGAUACCUGCACUUUACAUGUCAUACUGAGGAAAAAAAAAAAAAAAAAGCAAUUAUAGCACAUCUCUGGCUAGGUCAAACUUGAUUCCCAUUGCACUUGAGUGGAGCUGGAAUUUGUAUUUUCCAUUAAAAUCUACCACUGAAAAAUAAAAGCUGUUGGCACAGCUGGAAUUGCUUGCAAUGUGUUUAAACCAACGUGGAAGGCGAUAAUGAUGUAUAGCACUGAAGGAAUUUGCACCCUCAAUUCUUUCAAUUUGGGUAAACAUUGUAACUUCUUGUCUGUGAUCAUGCAUUUACAAAUGCUGCGUAUGGAUUUAAUAUAUAAUAACCAGUUUUUAGUAUGUAAUAAUAAUAAUAAUAAUAAUAAUAAUAAUAAUAAUAAUAAUAUAUUCUGAGACGUUAAGAUUCAAAUGGGGGUAAAUCAGUAAAACUGCUUUUUUCUGUUUUUAAUAGUUUUACAUACAAAUCUUGAAGGAAAUAAAUAAUG